AUGUCACGAAUCCAAGAAGAAGUGGUCCAGGACGUGCUUUUGCUAGUUCGAGAGUUAACAUCGGGACUUCGCCGCCGUUACAAGACAGCCAAUCUUUACGGAAUCUGGAAGAAAGCACUGCUCGAAAACAACACAACUCUUGCGGCCGCAAUCUACUCGUAUUUGUCAGCUGAAUCCCCUCCGGAGGUAACGCGUCGGGUGCCGCUUAACUCCAACGCACUUUCUAAUAACCACUGUAUCGAACGUUUUCGCUUCGAUAAGCUUCAGAUUGUGGAUUUAGUGACUCGUUUUUUAAUUGAAGGAAUUCGAACCCGAGAGCGGACUGCUGCUACUGGUGUUGAGGGAUUCUGUAUCGUCCUCUACAAGCUUGCGGUUCCGAUACGCUGGGUCGAUUUAGAUGACUUUUUCGGAAGGGAUUCCAGUGGUUUGUCAAACAUUUUCCUACACAUGUUAGCCAUUUUGGAUGAUAAAUUUUCUCGGCUGCUUCAUUUCAAGCACAAAUACGGUGCGGAGAACCUCCAAGCCUAUGUAGAUGCUGUAUUCGACGCUGGUGGCGAUUUACAAAACGUGUGGGCUUUUAUUGACGGGACAGUGCGUGGAAUUCGCAGGCCGCUUCCCCGCCUCAUCAAACGUGACGGCAAGUUUAUGAGUCAGAAAGCUGAUUCAACGGGCAUAAGCGGAAACAUGCUCUUAAGUAUCAAACGCUGA